AUGGAUUCUCUGGCAAUAUUUUUCAUCUGUUUACUUUCAUUAUCAAGUGCAAAAGCCAGUAGCAAUAUUGGUGUGAACUAUGGUGUGCUUGGAAACAAUCUGCCCUCUCCAUAUCGGUCCAUUGAAUUACUAACAACAAUGAAAGCCGGCCUUGUGAAGAUCUAUGACGCCAACCCAGAUAUUCUACGGCUUUUAUCGACUACAAAGCUCAAAGUUUCCAUUAUGAUCCCAAACAAUGAAAUCUCAUGCAUUGCUGCAAACCAAACCAUAGCAGAUGAAUGGGUGAAAAACAAUAUCCUCCCAUACUACCCGAAAACCCUGAUUCGCUACUUACUUGUAGGAAACGAAGUGCUAAGCUACAAUACAGAACAAGCUCAUAAAAUGUGGCAUGAUCUUGUCCCGGCAAUGCGGAGCAUUAGAAGAGCACUUAAAUCUCAGAACAUCAGAGACAUCAAAAUUGGCACCCCAUUAGCGAUGGAUGUCUUACAAACAAGCUUCCCAUCAUCAAGCGGGACAUUCCGACCCGACGUAAGAGACAGUGUGAUAGCACCAAUGCUUAAGUUCUUAGACAGAACUAAUUCAUUUUUCUUCAUUGAUGUAUACCCGUACUUCCCAUGGUCACAAGACCCCAACAAUAUAAACCUAGACUACGCUCUAUUCAGGGGAAAUUUCACCACAAUAGACCCUGGUAGUGGCUUAAUCUACAGAAACUUGUUAGACCAAAUGCUUGACUCGAUUAUCUUCGCCAUGUCAAAACUCGGAUACUCCAACAUCCCGCUCAUAAUAUCAGAAACAGGAUGGCCUAACUCCGGCGACAUAGAAGAACUAGGUGCAAACACUUACAAUGCAGCCAUAUACAAUCGUAAUCUGAUCCAAAGAAUGACAACAAAACCAACCAUCGGAACACCAGCUAGACCCCGAGUCCCAAUACCAACCUUCAUCUUCUCACUUUUCAACGAAAAUCAAAAGCCAGGACCCGGAACAGAACGACACUGGGGCUUAUUACACACAGAUGGAACCCCAAUUUAUGAAUUAGACUUAACAGGAAAGAAAACUUUGACACAUUCAGCUCCAUUACAAACUCCAAAGAAGAUUGUAUAA